AUGUGGGUUUUUGCUGUGAUUAUCCUGUCGGUGUGUGAAACAUGGAGUCUGGAAACAGUUGUCAGAAAUUCAACUUUUGAUCUGGGGAGCGAUGUUAACCUGACAUGCAGCAAUAAACCCUGGGAUCACAUUUUCUAUGUAAUAUGGAACAUAAACUUGAAAUACAAAGAUUGCAGAAUCGCCCAGGCCAAUGAUGGCACAAGUGAAAACUCCUGCUACGAUGGCAAGUCUCUCCAAAAGACAUCCAGAGCUCAGUCUUACCUACAUAUCCCAAAUUUCUCAAAUGAUGAUGUGGGGGUCUACAAGUGUGAGACGGCUCACACAGAAGGAGCUGACGAUCAUAUUAUCUACGUGACUAUCACAGUUCCUCCCAAUACAUCAGCCUGGUUGGAGUGGAAGGGCAAUAAGAUGGUGGCUGUAUGCAAAGCUCAAUUAGAAAAACCUGCAGCCAACAUCAGCUGGAGCUACACAGGAACAUCAAGUUAUUUGGAAACCUGGCUUGGCUCAGAUGGAUUAAUCACAGUGGAAAGUCGCAUGGAACUCCCUGACAACAUGGAUACAAAACACCUGAACUGCACAAUCACACACCAUUACUGGGAAAGGGUGAUAACUUUGGUACCAGAACCCAUAGAAGGUCAGCCUGGACAGUUUUGCAGGCAGACCGACACCUCAUCAUCCAAAUCUCUGUAG